CUAGGGGCACCCACAGCCAGAGGGAGCCCAGACUGGGCAAGAAACAGGAUCUCAGCCAGACUGAACAGCACACAUCAUCAAGAGAAAGAAGUCUCUAUUUUCUUACCUUUUAACCCAGAGAAGAUGCCAUGUGAGGGCUGCACGGAGUGGGACAACAUGAGCACUGGUGCAGCCAUGGAGUUCCUCCUGCUCGGCUUCUCCGAGCUGCUCCAUCUGCGGGUCCUGCUCUUCCUUACCUUUCUCACUGUCCAUUUGGUCACACUGGCAGGGAAUAUGAUGAUCUUCAUGGCGGUGGUGAUGGAGCCCUCACGCCCCCCCAUGCUUUUCUUCCCCGGCCAACUCUCUGCCGUGGAGCUCUGCUACACUUUAGUCAUCGCGCCCAAGGCGCUGCUCAGCCUGGCGGCGGGCGGCAGCGCCAUCUCCGCGCUGGGCUGUGCCGCACAGAUGCAGCUCUUCGUGGCCCUCGGCGGGGCCGAGUGCUUCCUGCUGGCAGCCAUGUCCUACGACCGCUACGUGGCCGUGUGCCAGCCCCUGCGCUACGCGGCCCUGAUGGGCGAGGGGCUGUGCCUCCGCCUGGCUCUGGCCUGCGCCCUGGGAGGCUUUGCCGUCGCCCUGGGCCUGACGGUGGCUGUGUUCCGCCUGCCUUUCUGUCAGCCCCGCCGCAUCGAGCACUUCUUCUGCGAUGUGCCUGCCGUGCUGCGCCUGGCCUGCGCGCAGGGCUACGCCGCCCAGCUGCCCGCGCUGGCGGCCUGCGUGCUCCUGCUGCUGCUCCCCUUCCUGCUAAUCCUGGCCUCGUACCUCUGCAUUGCUGUGGCUUUGUUAGGCGUCGCCUCCCCUGCGGGAAGGGGCAAGGCCUUUUCCACCUGCAUUUCACACCUGGCCGUCACCUUACUGCAUUACGGCUGUGCCACCUUCAUCUACAUUCGUCCCACGUCCAGUUACUCACCGGCUCGGGACAAGGUGGUGUCUCUGGUCUACACCAACAUUACUCCUUUAAUGUAUCCCCUCAUUUAUAGCCUGAGGAACAAGGAAAUCAGAGGGAUCCUCAGGAAAAUGCUGAGGAGGAAGAAAAUAGGUGAACUGGGAUACUAUAGGAGUUGUGAUGCAUGUGUAUGUGGAAGCAACCAGGAACAGAGGACAAAAACUAAUCAGGAGACCAAAGUGGAGCUGAAGAAUGAGGUGAAGCUCCUGCCAGCUGAUGGGAAGUCUGUGACCAGCCCCUUAGAACAGGUAAAGGCAGUAAGGCUUCUCCACCCACUCGCCUUGAUCUUUCAUCACCACCGUGGGCCAGGCUUGUGCAACGUGCGCGCCGCGCUCGGGAGGCUGCGGGAGAGGCCCAUGCGCUGCCCGCAGCAGCCCGGGCACGGAGGCCGGAGCCGGCGGGGGCUGCGAGCCGGGCCCCCUCUCCGGCCAGCCCGGGGCUGA